AUGACCACCGAAUUCGCUGUACCCGACGUCCAAAAGGCCUGGGUUGUUGUUGCUCAAGGAAAACCUGAACGAGCUUUGCGAUUCAAGUCGGACUGGCCAGUCACCAAGAGACUCGAUCCAGGCCAUGUUCUCGUGAAGAUACAAGCAGCGGCGUUGAACCCAGUCGGGUACAAGAUGAUGAAGCUUGCUCCCAAUUUUGUCGCCAACCGGCCCCACGUUGCAGAAUACGAUUUCGCAGGAGUCAUUGUCGAUGAGAAUGACUCUAACUUCAAGAAGGGGGACGAAGUUUUUGGAUGGGCGAACACAGCUUACCAGAGAAUCUCCAAGCAGGGGGCUUUGGCAGAAUAUGUUGUUGUUCCUGCGUCUGAGAUCGCUCUCAAGCCAGCCAACAUAACACCUAUUCAAGCUUCCGGAAUCACGCUUACAGCCAUCACCGCUCUGCACUCCCUGGACCAGGCUGGUCUGGAAGAGGGUCAGACCAUCUUGAUUAACGGUGCAAGUACUGCGGUUGGGUCAUUCGCUAUUCAGCUUGCGAAGAUCAAAGGGGCCAAGGUUGUAGCAGUUGCUUCAGGGAGGAACGAGCAGUAUGUUCGAAACUUAGGCGCCGACGAGUUCAUCGACUAUACGAAAGUUGGCCCCCUCCAUAAAUAUCUUGAGAAGAGCCCUCCCUCGCCGAAAUAUAACGUCGUCUUGGAAGCAGUAGGGAUCUAUGACCCAUCGUUAUAUACCUCCAGCAAGUCCUACUUGGCACCUAACGGGGUGUACUUGUCGGUUGGUCCUCAGCCGAAACUGGGGUGGAAGACAGUAUGGGAUACGUUGCGGUUGUUCACCGUCUUCCUCCCUUCCUUCCUGACAGGUUAUAGGACAAAGUUCGCGAUCCCCGUGGUUAAAAAUGAAGAAAACAGGCUGGAGCGCCUACGGGCGUGGCUGGAAGAAGGGAAAUUGAAGCCCGUGGUUGACACCGUGUACAACUUCGAGGAUACACUCAAGGCGUACGAGCGUAUUAUGAGUUCCAGGGCCACUGGGAAGGUUGUGGUGAAGGUUGACAACUCUCUAGAGUCCUGA